ACAAGAUGGGUCACCAGCAGCUCUACUGGAGCCACCCGCGAAAAUUCGGCCAGGGCUCCCGUUCUUGCGGCGUGUGCUCAAACCGGCACGGUCUGAGCCGGAAAUACGGCCUCAAUAUGUGCUGUCAGUGUUUCCGUCAGUACGCGGAGGACAUCGGCUUCAUCAAGCUGGACUAA